UCGACGGUCGUCGACGUAAUAAAUGCUGUGCACGAGCGGCACCGAGCAGCAGGAGCAGUUGUCAUGUGAAUCAGCUGGGCCGAACUAGGAAGAAGAUAACAACAUCGCGGCUCGCUUUUUCGAAAUCAAGUUUGCAUCUGAUGAGGCGACAUCAUGGCGGGAGCAGAGGUGUGUACCCCUGCAAACCCCACUUGCAAAAUUAUGACCUUCAGGCCCACAAUGGAGGAAUUCAAGGACUUCAACAAGUACCUAGCUUAUAUGGAGUCUCAGGGUGCCCAGCGCGCAGGUCUGGCCAAGGUGAUUCCUCCUAAAGGCUGGAAGCCUCGUCGUACCUAUGAUGACAUCGACGAUUUGAUGAUCGACGCACCCAUUCAGCAGAUGGUGGCUGGCCAGUCAGGCCUUUUCACUCAGUACAACAUUCAGAAGAAGCCUCUCAGUGUGCAGGAGUUCAGGCGACUAGCUAACAGCGACAUGUACUGUACGCCUCGUUACCUGAACUAUGAAGAUCUCGAGCGGAAGUACUGGAAGAACCUGACGUUCGUUUCGCCCAUAUAUGGUGCUGACGUCGGCGGCAGCCUCUAUGAUGAGGAUGUGGAAGAAUGGAACAUUGGCCACCUGAACUCAAUCUUGGACGUCAUCGAGGAGGACUGCGGUGUGUCCAUCCAGGGCGUCAACACUCCAUAUCUCUACUUUGGCAUGUGGAAAACAACUUUCUCCUGGCACACCGAAGAUAUGGACCUCUACAGUAUCAACUACCUCCACUUUGGAGAGCCCAAGUCCUGGUAUGCCAUCCCCCCUGAGCAUGGGAAGAGACUGGAACGUUUGGCUACAGGUUUCUUUCCUAACAGCUUCAAGGGAUGUGAGGCGUUUCUCCGUCACAAAAUGACACUAAUCUCCCCUUUUGUGCUGAAGAAGUAUGGCAUUCCCUUUGACAAGAUUACGCAAGAGGCUGGAGAGUUCAUGGUCACCUUCCCUUAUGGCUAUCAUGCUGGCUUCAAUCACGGUUUCAAUUGUGCAGAGUCCACCAACUUUGCAACCAUACGAUGGAUCGAAUACGGCAAAAACGCCACACAGUGUACUUGCAGUAAGGAUAUGGUCAAAAUAUCCAUGGAGCCUUUUGUAAAGAGGUUCCAGCCUGACCGCUAUGCCAACUGGAUGCUGGGCAAAGAUUCUUCGCCCAUCGACCACACACUGGCCACUCCCAGUACAACACCCGAAUUGCAAAGCUGGUUGCAGCGGCGCUGCAAGAUGAAAUCCUCCAAUAAAAGUGGCGGCCACUCUCGGAUGCGUUUAAAACGUCUCCGACCCACAGAGGAACCUGUUGGUCUGCAUGGUAGUUCUCUGUGCAGCAGCAGGAGGAAAGGCCUGUGCGGUCCGCCUGGGCCCAAAAUGCGACGGUCUGUCCAAGAAACGCCUUGCAAAUCAAUAAAGGCAGAAGAGGAGCAAGAGCAGGAGAAACACGGAAGAAGAGAGACGAGACAAAGCCAGAGCACUCUUCAGCUUUCUGAUGAAUUCUGUGCAACCUACUCUGCGUCUACAGGUCGCUGCAGGCAGAUGUGCGUGGUCAAGGUCAACCGAGUCGAGGGCAACACUUUGGAUUUGUCUAACACGGAGCUCCAAAGCUCUCAGUCCUGUUCCAGUCCGUCGCCGGCCUCCUCAUCAAAUCAGGAUUUGAAGGCAGAAACCGACACUCAUAGUGACCCAGAAGACAUCUCAAGGGCUGAGAUCAAUGAUAGGACUUCUGAAGGACUCAGAGAUUUAGCUGAGCCAUCUCAAACACAUCUAGGAAUGAACACUUCAGCUUGUUGCCCCUCUGAACCUCAAGACCUCUUAAAUUCUCAGGACUGUUCUCCCAGGGACCCUCCCAUGGAGACCGCUACACUCACCCCCCCUUACCACACAACAAGCGCCUCCACCGAGACAGCGAUGGGCUCAUGUCCUCUUGAUUCCGACGCUCAGACAACAAACGUAUCGAGUACAGGAAACACGUCAAGCCUCCCAGAACCAAACACUAACCGCAGCAUGAACAAAGCAUCUGGAAUUUGCACAAAUACGAGCGCCGAACCAGAAUUAACAAUCACUUUUGACCAAAAACACAUUGACUCACAAUGCACUACAGAGGGAGAUUAUGAUGCGGAAGCCAAGCCAGCAGAGGGAGCUAGUUGCACAUCAAGUGCCCCUCCCGCCUCGCCAAGCCGUGACUGCGUGUUAGAAAACAGCAGUUGUGAGCAAAGUGUUUUCCUCCCGUUGCUACAAAGCAGCGCAGUGGAUAUGCCGCACCUCACUCCAGAGCCAGCAGACACAUUUGCAAUCUGUCCUUUACCGCCCGUACUGACCCAAGAGAUGCCCUCCCUUACCCCAGCUGACGAUGGGCUUCCCGCCACCUCCAAAUCUUGCACGUACUCUCACCAGUUUGCACCUGUGCUCCAGCGGGAGAUGCCAGGAGCUUCUCCACCCUCGCGUAUACUCGAACAGGAAGAGACUGACUCAAGUAUUCCCAACGAAACCUCCCAUCCAGAACAAAUCCACGAUUGGCAUUUACCGUCUUCAAACAAUAUUCCCAUUGCAGAAAUUCCAAGGUUAGAAACGGAUGUGACUCAUCUAGCUGGCGAUGACCGAGACAAAACAUCCGAUUGUGUUCAGGAAGGUGUUUUCAUGUCUGACGUAGAUGGCGAAAAGCACGCGACGAUUGGAAACUUUGAAGAGAAUGAGGCCUCCUACCAGCUAGCUCAGAGCGUUGCACCCUUAAUAGAGCAACAUUCCAUCUUAGCCGAGUUAGCAACGAUUGAUAACUCCAAACACCAAGAUCAAACCGAUUUGCCAUUGAGUCAAAGCAGUGUUGGCCCGCUUGGGUCUGCUACCUCAUCUCAUAAUCCCUCAUCCCCUUCUAUCCCCAAGCACCAUUACUCCGAAUUAGAACUUCACUCUCAUUCACCGUGUACACCCCAAAGUCCACACGCCGAGCCUCCGUAUGACUCCAGCAGCAUUUGGAGGACCUUCAACUCACAGGGCCCCGCUGUGCUCAUCCAGCCAGAACCUUCCUGCGACUUCACCCAUGACCCCAUCUCGUACACCGUGUGGACCGAACCCCAGUGCAAAGAGGUCACACAUCUGCAGGAUCCUGAAGAAGAAUUACGUGAGGGCCAAGAGGGGGACUCCGGACCUCUUACUUGGGCUCAGCUCGAGCCCACCUCGCUCCUUUCAGUCACUGCCGCUGAGAUUGCGGAGUCACGCGGCGAUGAAAGGGAAUCCGACGGGGAGUUAGAAAGACGCUCCUCCGGAGGUGCUGUUCUACCUUUGGUGAUGGGAGAAGGUGAGCAGGCUGAGAUGUCUGAAAUGGAGGAAGACGAGUCUGAUGAGGACGAAGAGCAGCAAAGCAGUGCCAACGACGAGAGCAGCAGUGACUCAUCCGACGAGGAGGAAAGUGAUCUCACUGACUACGAGUGUGAUGAAUCAGGCUUGGAACCAGGCGAGGUUUGCGCUUACCCUGCUCUGGCAGUCAAGAGGACCACUAAGAGCUGGCGUCACCCACUCAGGAAACCCACGGCCAGGGCUGUACCCACUGCGGUCAAACAUCAGGCCGCCAGUGAUGAUGAUCUCGAACCCCCUGACGCAAUCCUCGCAGAUGAGGACGAGUCUGAGAUUGAAACAUGGGCCAGGCCGCUGAUCUACCUGUGGCAAAACAGGAAGAGCUGCUUCACAAGCGAGAGGGAAUACAACGCUCGUGCCGCCACCAUGGAGCCGUACUGUGCUGUAUGCACACUCUUCAUGCCCUACUAUCAGGGAGAAGACAAAGCAGAGGAGAGUAGCCCCAAAACAGCAGAAGACACAUCGACGUCUUCAACUUCCAAGGAGGAUCCUGCGCUUUGUUACCGGGGUCCGAGAAAAUCCAGGCCCCUGAUACCGGAAAUCUGCUUUUCCUUCCGUGAGCAAAACUGCCCUCCAACUCCCACCAAUCCUCUGCUGCAAGAUGACGGCACCUCCCCUCUGCUUUCCUGUCAAGGAUGCUGCCUUCAAGUACACGCAAGUUGCUACGGUGUUGCAGCGGACGACGCCGGCGACCUUUGGUCCUGCGAUCGCUGCGCGGAAGGCAUCAUCGCAGCAGAAUGCUGUUUGUGUAACCUCCGAGGCGGGGCACUGAAGAAAACCCAAAAUGACAAGUGGGCCCACAUCAUGUGCGCAGUCGCACUGCCGGAGGCGAGGUUCACCAACGAAGUCAAGCGGGGUCCCAUUGACACCAGCCGGAUCCCCAUACAGAGAUACAAACUGAAGUGCAUCUAUUGUCGUAAGCGCUGGGCGGGGAAGCGGCAGGCAGGUGCGUGCAUCCAGUGCUCGUGUGGCCGGUGUCCCACCUCUUUUCACGUGACCUGUGGCCAUGCCGCCGGGGUUGUCAUGGAGCCUGAUGAUUGGCCGUAUGUGGUGUCAAUCACCUGCCAUAGACACCAGUCGCGGAACUCUUCGGCUAAGCAGCGAGCGUCUCAAGCGUCCAUCUCGCUGGGCCAGACGGUCAUCUCCAAGCAUAAAAACCUGCGCUACUACAGCUCCAAGGUCACGGAGAUCACCUCCCAGAUGUUCUACGAGGUCAUGUUUGAUGAUGGCUCCUUCUCCAAUGAUACCUACCCCGAGGACAUAGUGAGCAGAGAUUGUGUCAACUUGGGUCCUCCCGAAGUCGGAGAAGCCGUUCAAGUGAAAUGGCCCGAUGGGCUCUUCUACGGCGCCAAAUAUUUGGGAUCCAAUGUGUCCUACAUGUGCCAGGUGGAGUUUGAAGAUGGCUCUCAGGUGUUGGCAAAAAGAGACGACAUCUAUACGUUGGACGAAGAUCUGCCUAAAAAGGUGAAGCGUCGACUUUCCACAGCCUCCAGCAUGCGUUUCCAAGACGCCUUCUUCACCACGCAAGGGGAGAGGAAACGGCAGCGUACGCCCAAUUCACGCUUCCAGAAGGACUACGUGGCACUGCCGGACCUCCGCGCCACUGCCAAAAGCUCAUGGGAGCAACACAAAGGGAAAGAAAAGUGACGGGGGCCCUGACAGAGACCAAUGAAUGCACUGAGGUCACAGUCCAUGCGUAGGCGUGUGUGAGUGUUUGCGUGUGUGCUUGAGAUUAUAUUUUUUGGACUGUAAACAAUUUCCCAGAUUUUCUUGUGACCAGCAAAGGGGGCACAGAGAGGGAGCGGGUUUGACUCGUCUGUAGUUUCAAAUGCAUUUGUAAAUUAAUUCUACAUUGAUUGUUGGGGAGGAUGUCGUCUCCUUGUGCUUUCACAUCCGUCAGGGAGCAAACUGUGACUUUACACUUGUCGCAAGGUUUUGUUUUUACAUGAGAAAUGUAAAGUGGUUUUCCUUAAGGUCUGUUAUUUUUAAGUUUUGAUUUGGAUCUUUUCUGCACCUUGCUUGUAGUAUUUCCCUUGUGUGUCAUUGUUUCCCCAUCGCAUGUUUAACACUGUCGCUAAGCUGCGCCAACAUGGCUUCCCCUCUGCUCUUGUGAGUCACUUGAGUAUAUUUUAAUGAUUCUGUUCGGAUUCAUUCGUGACGAAAAUACAUGCACACUGAGAUUAUGAAUUAAAAAAAAAAAAAACAGUGAUUUGUUCUUGAGAGACAGGAAGCCAUGCCUGCGCGCGCCUGAUUAAAUGAGAAAUGCUACUCUGUUGAAUGAAAUUAUUUAAAUUUGUAUUUAUUUUUGUGCUUGCUAUAGUUGAACUAUUGCUAACUGCUGUAAGGAAAGCAAAAUAAAAUAUGUUUUUUUAAUUGCCAA